GAGCUCGAAGGAUAACAUGGAUGGAAAGAGUACGAUUUGGUUAAAAUAGGAAAUUUGGUUUUAAUUUGGUGCGUUUCAAUUGGCGGGAAUGAAUUAUCGCAGUUCCUAAAAGGCCGCCCCGAGAAAGAAAAAACCAUGUUCCUUUUUUGUUUUUUUUAUGAACAUCCUCACAAAGAAAUCAAGCUUGUUAUUUUCAGCAAGGACCUCGACUGCAAGGUUCUAUAGAACUACAGCAAGAAAAACUAUUAGUAACAAAAGCAAGGUUUUUCUCGCAGGAAGUGCUCUUUGUUGUGGUGGAAUUGGCUUCAGUUGGUAUGAAUCUGACACUGAAGCUCGGCAUGUGGCCUCUGCCAUUCACAGAAUGAGCAUUGCUACCAAUAUUGGUGUAAGUGUUGCCGUUGAUUACAAGUUGACACAAUCCAAAAACUAUGAUUCAGAAGAAGAGCGAGUAAAAGCAAAGCGACAAUGUGAUCAACGCUGUGCAGAGAGAGUACUGAUAGGCUUACAAAAAUUGGGUGGUAUUUAUGUUAAAUUGGGUCAACAUGUAUCUGCCAUGACUUAUAUCCUUCCAAUCGAAUGGACAAGCACACUGGCUGCACUUCAAGAUCGUUGCGAUCCUACCUCAAUCGAAGACAUCGAAAAACUAUUUAUAUCAGACUUUGGAUUACCAUUAGAUCAAGUGUUUGAAGAAUUUGAUUGGAAACCACUCGGCGUUGCAUCUUUAGCACAGGUUCAUAAGGCAAGGUUAAAGAAGGAACAUUCAAACUCGAAUGGCGAUUGGGUAGCGGUCAAGUUUCAGCAUCCUCGUCUGGACGAUUUUUGUAAAAUUGAUUUACAAACUGUAUCGUUUCUUAUCCAUACAAUCAAGCGUAUAUUUCCUGAUUUUGGGUUUGAAUGGAUUUUACAAGAAAUGCAAGAAUCAUUACCUCAAGAAAUGAAUUUCGAACACGAGGCACAAAACUCAAAAACGCUGCAAGAGAACUUUACUUAUGAGAGAGAGCAUCAUACUACUGCUUUAUGUAUACCUAAAGUUUUAUGGGCCAAGAGAAGAAUUUUAUUAAUGGAAUUUAUGGAAGGAGCCCGUGUAGAUGAUAUGGAAUAUAUGGAAAAGCAUAAUAUUGAUCCAAGUCAAGUAUCCACUGAAAUUACAGAGAUUUUUUCCAAGAUGAUGUUUUUGGAUGGUUUUGUUCAUUGUGAUCCUCAUCCCGGAAACAUUCUUAUUAGACCUGCCAAAGAUCCCAAAUCCAGAUUCAAUUUUGAUGUUGUAUUGUUAGAUCAUGGCUUGUACCGUACGUUGACCGAGGAACUCCGAACCAAUUAUGCUCAUUUAUGGACUUCUUUAAUACGGGGAGACGAAGAGGGUAUUCGAAAAUACUCCUUAUUAGUAGGGUGCAGACCUGAAUCACAUCGUCUGUUUGCCUCCUUGCUUACAGGUCGCGAAUGGUCAACAAUUUCAUCAGCCGAUCUAUCCACAGACAGAACCGUUAACGAAAUCAGCCGUGUCACUGGUCAGGCUAAAGGAUUUUUGGUUCGUAUCUAUGAUAUUCUCGAAACUUUACCCCGUAUUAUUCUUUUAUUGUUGAAGACAAGUGAUUUAUUGAGAGGGUUAGAUGAGACUUUACGAACCUCGCACGAUAAGUAUAUGACUUACGCAUUGAUGGGAAGAUUCUGUGCCGAGGCUGUCUGGAGGGAUGCAAAAGCCAAUUUAAUCAGUCGUAUCAAGGAAUCGCCAAGUAUAUCUACGACGUGGUCGCUCAUCAAGAACUUACUUUAUGCCUGGUGGGAGUAUCAAAGUUUAGAAUACGGAUUAAAAUUAUACCAACUACAAUCCAAUACGCGCGAGAAGUGGCAACUGUUAUGGAAGCACAGCGUAGAAAAGAAAAAGAAGCAGGAGGCCUUAGACAGAGCAUCUGUAGUAGAUGUUUCGACAAAAUUUGAAAUUUAAUUUAGACUUAAUAAAAUAUAGAACUGUACACCGUAAUUUCAAAAUAUAUAUGUUAAAGACAUGA